CUGUGCGGGGGGCCGCCUGCAAAAGGGCGGCGAGGCGGCCUGGAAUUUUGCAGGCGGCCCCCUUGCCGCCCUUAGGGAGGGCGAUUUUUACCCCUCCGAGUAUAAAACCCCUUCCCCCUCUCAGAAUUUUCAUUAUAUUCACUCAAAAUCCAGAAAAAGAGAAAGAGGGAGGGGUGAGGAGGAAGAGAAGGGGAGCGGCGAAGCCCUGCUGGUUUGCUGACUCCAUCACAGGUAAUACAUUCAUUUGAAAUGUGUUUCCAUUUUUUUUGUUGCAUUUUAGUUUUUUUACCAUAUACUUUAGUAGAUCUGUAGCACACAGCCUAUUUUAGAAUUUGAGACAUAGGACAUACAACUUAUUUGUAGUAUCUUUAACUUAGGGCGUAGUAUGUAUUGAUGAAUGGGGGGUUAGAUCUGGUUAGUAUGAUAUGAACUUAGUUAACAUAGAUAUUUUUUCAUCAAGCACAAUGUCAAGUAAGGUCAUGUUUCAGAUAGUUCACGGUGAAGGCAACCUUAGAUUUGGUCCUGAUGGUGUUGAUCUGUCAGAUUUUGUAAUGACAUCGAAGGGCAUCGAUAGGCCUGCUGAGAGAUCAUUUCAGUCAAUUUAUAAUUGGUUGAUGCAAGGAUAUAGAAUAGACUCAGAAGUCCACACAAUGUCAGUAUCGGUUGUAGUGAGUCGUGCAACGGAAGGUUAUUUUUGGGAACUCAUGCCGAUGCGCAUAGCACUAUUGCUUGGAAACGGUAUCUGGAGAUGGCUUUUGAAAGGUCAUGGCCCUUGGUUAUUUUUGUGUCGGUGCAUGAAAAUGAUAGAAAUAUUGCAAUGGAAACCGAAGAUGUCGAGGGUCCAAGCCAUGUGGGGGAUUUUGUUGAACCAUCGGGGGAAGAUGAGGGAAAUGACACAGGGGUGGUGCAGGCCAUGGGCGUGGCAGAUGAGGGGGAGAGAAUCAGUACAAUCGUUGAUGAAAUGAAGAGGGAAGAUUCGGAUAACGAGCAAGCGGAGGGCGAUGCAUCAUCCGACGAGGAAGGUGAUGUAAUGCCCACUGAUUGGACAAAUGAGGACUUCUCGGGACUUGUUAUCUCAGAGGAACAUCAUGUACCCUAGGAAUACAAGGAUAACGAGGUAAUUGAGGGUGCUACGUAUGCUCAUAAGGAGGAUAUGAAGGAGGCAGUGAAGCAUUGGGCGGUCUCAUUGAUGAGAGAGUUUAGGGUGGUCAAGUCAACCAAUUAUGUGUAUGAAGUGAGGUGCGUGAAAGAAGAUUGUCCGUGGCGUGUUCAUGCAUAUAAGGGUACAUGGAAAGAUUAUUGGAAAGUUAGCAUUGUGACCGAGCACCAGUGCCACUUACAAGAUGUCAAGAAGUAUCACUGCAACAUCACCGCAACAACAUCACUCCAGCCGCACCACAGCCGCGACUUGCCACUGUCAGGGACGAGUACCCCACGCACCGUGACCGAGACUACUUCAUGGGGGCCGACACGGCACGAGCUGUGAACGCCGAUAUUACCUCGAUAAUAGUGAGGUUGGACGCCGGGCUAUACUUGAGUGAUGCUGAGCAGAGGAUUACCUUCGACCGGAUGCAAGAGAAGAUGCACGCUGUCAUGCGCGUCUUCUCUUGUUGCAGCGCCAUGGACGCGGUACCUCCACCUGGUCCAGUACCACCAUGUCCACGCGCCCCUAGUACCGGAGUUGUGCGACCUACAGCUGGUUCUUCGCACGGUACUGCUCCGCCCAGAGGUCCCCGUCUGCCUUCCGGCGCCUUUGUCGGAGGCAGCAGUUCGUCACAGAGAUCGCUGAUCCCUCGUCCUAACACGCAGACGCGAGGGAUCUUUGCUAGUGGAGCCUCUUCCUCACACGCCGGUGGCACAGGUCCUACUGUCCGGUUCUACGAUGACGACUUGCACGGGGCGCCAGACCAGGAGAUACUUGGGUCCUCACAGCUUGGUGGAGCUCCGAAGGCGCACACCCAGGAGCAGCCACUGGUCACACCAGUGCAGGAGGGUCGAGCAGGCCGUGCCGUACCACCGGACCGUCUGACGUACUCCCAGGGACACGUUAGGGCGCAGGGCAGGAGGGACCGGGGUAAGAGGCCUCGGCAGUAGUGUUCCACCUAUUGAGUGGUUGUGUGCACUUUUCUUUAGGCUUACUUUUGCUGUGUAGACCAGUAUUACUUUUGCUGUGUAGACCAGUAUUACUUUUGCUGUUAGUACUACGGUACCAUUGCCUUGACGCUCUGCUAUUUCGUUCCUUCCACAUGUCCACUGCUACAACUAUUCCAUGCGUACGAAGCCUAACUUUCGGCGCGUGACGGUCCAGUCCAUUAUAGACAAAGCGUUUUGUCGAGUUGUCAGCAUCAACUUUGCACCACAGAUUCCGCACGUGAAUUAAUUACUGCAUGCUCGCAUGUGCUCGUGUCAUCAAUACACUGCAUAUUAAAACUACUUACGCAUACGACAACAAACUUUCGGCGCGUGAAGAUUGGCUCCUUUAGGUAGCGCAGCAAA